AUGGCCGUGCGGUCCCGGCCUCGCCGCUCCGCCGGCAACCUUUACCACCUUCGCCUCCCUCAGCUCCUCUUCCUCCUCCCGCUCGCUCUCCUUCUCAUCCUCUUCCUCGCGCUCCUUCCCGCGCUCCUCCGCGGCACCAACGCACACGGCCGCUGGUGCCUGCCAGCCGCUACCGACCGCCUCCUCCCCUUCCCCCACCCCGUCCGGGAUCCCCGCCUCAGCCUCGCCAUAGUCACCCUUGCCGACGAGGACGCCGGCAGGUCGGGCGGGCGACGGUCCUUACGCGGCGUGCUGACGGCAUCCGAGCGGAACAAGCGCGCCUAUGUCGCGGCCCACGGGUAUGGCCUUGUCUCACUCCCCACGUCCGCCGUCGACCCAGCCGCCCACCUAGCUAGAGCAAGGUCCUCGCGCUCCGCACCCACCUCCGCCACCACCACGGGCUCUUCUGGAAUGACGCGGUGGGUCGCUGCUGCUAAUUGUUAG